AUCGAAUCCGCAACCUUCUGGUGCACGGGAAGACACUCCAACCAACCGAGCCACCCAACCAGGGCAACCUAUAAUAUACUUUAGAUCGAAUUAAUGUUAUCAAUGUUCCAAGGCUCUUGACAAAGUUGAAAAACAGACAUGCAUUUGUUUUCUUCAUUCAGCCACCUAACAGCUGCCCGUUUUUCAGGUGACCUAGAACCCCGAUGGCAAACUUCAAGGGCCACGCUCUCCCCGGGAGUUUCUUCUUGGUCAUUGGCCUGUGGUGGUCAGUGAAGUACCCACUGAAGUAUUUUCAUCAGAAGGGAAAAAGGAGCCAACUGACUAAUUGUUAUGAGCGUCUCGAGAUCAUUGAGGCCGCGAUCAGAACUUUACUUCCAGUCAUUGGGAUCCUGGCAGAGCAGUUUGUUCCAGAUGGGCCCCACCUCCACCUGUACUCUGAAAACCAGUGGAUAAAGUUAAUGAACUGGCAGCACAGCACCAUGUAUCUAUUCUUUGCGAUCUCAGGAAUCACUGAUAUGCUCACCUAUCUCGUCAGUCACGUUCCCCUGGGGGUCGACAGACUGGUUAUGGCUGUGGCAGCAUUCAACGAAGGUUUCCUCUUCUACCACCAUGUGCAUAACCGGCCACCGCUGGACCAGUUCAUCCACUCGCUCCUGCUGUGCGCCGUGUUUGGAGGGGCGAUCAGUAUCUUCUUGGAGGUGAUCCUUCGAGACAAUAUUGUGCUGGAGCUUUUCCGAACCACACUCGUUCUUCUCCAAGGCACCUGGUUCUGGCAGAUUGGGUUUGUGCUGUUCCCGCCCUUUGGAACACCCAAGUGGGACCAGGAGGACCAUGCAAACCUCACAUUCAUCACCAUGUGCUUCUGCUGGCACUACCUGGCCGCACUCUGCAUCGUGGCCGUCAACUAUGCUCUCGUUCACUGCCUUCUGAUCCGGUUAAAGAGGCACAGAGGAGAAGAGAUCAUUGGGAUUCAGAAGCUGACGUCAGACCCCACAUAUCAGAAGGCCCUCCUGAAUGGCUCAGACGAGGAAUGAAGAGAGGCCGUGGGUCAUAAACGGGGUGGACAUGUCCCUCUGAGCACGAACAGCUAGAGUUCUCCAGGUGUGGCCCAUCUCAGCGCUUGCUUUGGUCUGCCCCUAAGGUCCUAUGUAUUUGCACCUUCUCAUUUAACUGGCUAACGGCUUGUCGGUGUGGCAUCCUUCAGAAAGGAAAAGGAAGCCAGCCUGUGUGUCUAAGUGAACAGAAAUUAGAACAGGAAGUAGCCCCAUCGAUGAAUUCAGGAUAUGAAUCCAGCAAAACUCACCGCUUUUGAUAGCGUAGCCCUUUCCCGCUCAAGAAAGCAGGUACUUUCUUAUUGGAAAGUGAAUGAGUCUGUAUUUUAGAGGUGCAAUUCUAGUGUUUUUAAAGGAGUAAUUCACAAGCUUUGGUAUUUUACUUGCUACUUGUUAAACGUUUAUCUCCUAACUAAUCACGAUAUUCAAAGUACAGCAAUACCACUGUUGAUAAGUGACAAAGUUGGGCCAACGGUGACUUUUAUUUUUUAAGUCAGGAAGCUAGUUAGUGGCCCAGCUGAGAGCUGGAACUCAGAUGUUCUGACUCCUUGAAAGUACCCUCGUAAGGGGAUUCUGACAGGAAAUCAGUGUAACCAGGUAGGGAGAAAAAUGCCAGGCUAUCGAAGGCCCUGACUUUAAAUGUGGCUGAAAGCAAAGGAGAGGAAUCCUGCAAAGGACCUGAAACUUGAACUAGUAAUUACAAAUCUUAAUACUCUGGUCUUGGUUCUGGUUCUUUUUUCUUUUUUUUAACUUCCUUCAACAACUAUUUAUUAAACAUCUAUUUUGCACCAGCA